UGGUCCGACAGGUGCUCAAUACACAACCCUACAGGAUAUGCACCUGUAGUAUUGAUUACUGGGCAAAACCCAGUUCUACCAAUAGAACUUAGCAUGCCAACCUGGCAGACAUUACCAUAUACCAAUGUCAAAACAAGGGAAGAUUUACUA